AUGGCCCAAGCCCACUGGCACUGCUACUCCUGGCUUGUUCUCCUCUGUGCAUGUGCCUGGAGUUACCCACAAGCUGGAUCCCUUGGAAGGGAAGAUGUGAGAAACUGUUCAAGCAACCCUCCGUUCCUGCCAGUUAGUGCGGUCAACACAACGAUGAGGCUCGCGGCCCUCCGCCAGCAGAUCCAAGCCUGGAAUCUCUCUGCCUACAUCAUCCCAGACACAGAUGCACACAUGAGCGAGUAUAUCGGCAAACAAGAUGAGAGGCGAGCGUGGAUUUCAGGCUUCUCGGGGACUGCAGGUGUUGCUGUGGUGACCAUGAGGAAGGCAGCUCUCUGGACAGAUAGUCGCUACUGGACUCAGGCCGAGAGGCAGAUGGACUGCAACUGGGAACUCCAUAGGGAAGGUAACAUUCCUUCCUGGGUCCUUGCUGAAGUCCCUGCUGAAGGGCGAGUGGGCUUUGACCCCUUCCUCUUGUCUGUUGAUUCCUGGGAGGAUUUUGAUCUGGAACUCCAAGGCUCCAAAAGACACCUGGUAUCCAUUACAACCAACCUUGUGGACCUGGCAUGGGGGUCAGAGAGGCCCCCAUUGCCAAGCCAACCUAUUUAUGCCCUGCCAGAAGAAUUUACAGGGAGCACUUGGCAGGAAAAAGUGUCCACUGUCCGAAGCUACAUGAAGAACCAUACCAUGGCUCCAACUGCUCUCCUUCUAUCAGCACUUGAUGAGACAGCCUGGCUCUUCAACCUUCGUAGCAGCGACAUCCCCUAUAACCCCUUCUUCUACUCCUACACACUGCUCACGGACUCGUCUAUCAGGUUGUUUGUCAACAAGAGUCGCUUUAGCCUCGAGACCCUACAAUACCUGAAUACAAACUGCAUAACCUCCAUGUGUGUUCAGCUUGAGGACUACAGUCAAGUUCGUGACAGUGUGAAAGCCUAUGCCUCGGGCAAUGUGACGAUCUUGAUUAGUACCAGCUAUACCAACUAUGGGCUCUAUGAAGUCAUACCCAAGGAGAAAGUCAUGAUACAGAUGUACUCCCCAGUAAUGGGAGUGAAGGCUGUGAAGAACAGCAAGGAGCAGGCCCUCCUGAAGGCCAGUCACGUGCGGGAUGCUGUGGUUGUGAUCCAGUACUUGGUCUGGUUGGAGAAGAACGUGCCCAAAGGCACGGUGGAUGAAUUUUCUGGGGCAGAAUACAUUGAUGACUUACGACGGAAUGAAAACUUCUCCUCUGGACCCAGCUUUGAAACCAUCUCUGCUAGUGGCCUGAAUGCUGCCCUGGCCCAUUACAGCCCAACCAAAGAGCUGCACCGCAAGCUGUCCUCAGAUGAGAUGUAUCUGGUGGAUUCCGGCGGGCAAUACUGGGAUGGGACCACAGAUAUCACCAGAACAGUACAUUGGGGAACCCCUACUGCCUUCCAAAAGGAGGCAUAUACACGUGUGCUGAUGGGAAACAUCGAUCUGUCCAGAAGCAUCUUUCCUGCUGCUACAUCAGGGAGAGUGUUGGACACUUUAGCUCGAAAAGCCUUGUGGGAAGUCGGGCUCAAUUAUGGUCAUGGGACAGGUCAUGGCAUUGGCAACUUCCUCUGUGUGCAUGAGUGGCCAGUGGGAUUCCAGUCAAGCAACAUCGCCAUGAACAAGGGCAUGUUCACUUCCAUUGAACCUGGAUACUAUCAGGAUGGGGAGUUUGGAAUCCGCCUUGAAGAUGUGGCCCUUGUGGUAGAAGCAAAGACCAAGUACCCAGGGGCCUACCUGACUUUUGAAGUGGUGUCCUUUGUACCCUAUGACCGAAACCUCAUCGAUGUUAGCCUGCUAUCCCCAGAGCAGCUCCAGUACCUGAAUCGCUAUUACCAGACCAUUCGCGAGAAGGUUGGCCCAGAACUGCAGCGUCGCCAGCUGCUGGAGGAGCUUGCAUGGCUGGAGGAGCACACAAAACCCCUAUCGGCCAUGGCCCCUCAUACCACCUCCUUGGCCUCUUUGUGGGUAGCCUCCACUCUUGCCAUCCUCAGCUGGAGUAACUAG